AUGCCGAGGUCACUGAGAGCGACGGAGCCCAUCGACGACCGAUCUACCAAUUCCUAUCUCACCUUUUCACAACUUGCUCGGGGACUGCUGCUCCACGUAUAUGCCUUCUAUAGGAGGCAGAAGCCCAGGGGCGAAUCAGAUUGGCUUCAGACGAAGAGACAGGGAGGACGAGAGAGAGAGAUGCGAAUCAGAGCGCUCCUUGUUGAGAGGACCCCGGCGUUCUGUUAUGUUGAGGUCCUUUUGCUAACAGCAAGGAAAAGGGCCUUCAUCAUUGCCCUUUUUCGGCUGACACGGUGUGUGGCCCUGCUGAGGACUAAAUCACCGGUGACGGCGCGCUGUCCUUUGGUUUGUGGUCGUACGUUUCUGUCAGCCCACGGAGCCACAGUGUCAUCGUCUCUGGCGGGGAUGCCGCAAACAAACAAGUCCAGAACCGGCCCUGUCGCUGACUCCCAGGGCUCGGCCCAAGCUGAGGCGUCCGCUGCGGAGAAUCGGGAUGCAGAAGGAGGGGAAGACAAUGUCGGAGACAGCGAGAUCAUCAAGUCACCCAGUGACCCUAAACAGUACAGGUACAUUGUGUUAGACAAUGGGCUGCGAGCUCUGCUCAUCUCCGACUACAGCGGACCAGCUACAUCCGAUGAUGAAGAGGAGGACGAAGAAGAUGAAGGAGAAGAAGAAGAAGAGGAGGGUGAACAGGAUGAAGAGUCUGGAGAGGAAGCAGAGGAAGGGUCCGAGGAGGAUGAUGAAGGUGUAGGCAGUGAUGAUGAAGACGAUGAUGAGGGCAAAAAGAAAAAAGGAAAUGCAGAAAAGCAGUCUGCAGCCGCUCUGUGUGUGGGUGUGGGCAGCUUCAGCGACCCCAGUGAUCUCCCUGGCCUCGCUCACUUCCUUGAACACAUGGUGUUCAUGGGCAGCGAGAAGUACCCGUCGGAAAACGGCUUUGAUGCUUUCCUCAAAAAGCACGGUGGGAGUGACAACGCCUCCACCGACUGCGAGAGGACCAUCUUUCAGUUUGACGUGCAGAGAAAAAGCUUCAAAGAGGCUCUUGACAGGUGGGCCCAGUUCUUCAUCUGCCCCCUGAUGAUCCGAGACGCCAUCGACAGGGAGGUGGAGGCCGUUGACAGCGAGUACCAGCUGGCUAAACCGUCCGACUCCCACAGGAAGGAGAUGCUGUUUGGCAGUCUGGCUAAACCUGGACACCCUAUGGGAAAGUUCUGCUGGGGGAAUGCAGAGACACUGAAGCAGGAGCCAAAAAAGAUGAAGAUCAAUGUCUACAAGCGGCUGCGUGCCUUCUGGAAGAAGCACUACUCUGCCCACUACAUGACCCUGGCUGUACAGUCUAAAGAGAAGUUGGACACUCUGGAGGAGUGGGUAAGAGAGAUUUUCAGCAAGGUGCCUAACAAUGGUCUUCCCCAGCCUGAUUUCUCUAAUAUGCUGGAUCCUUUUGACACACCAUCCUUCAGCAAGCUCUACAGAGUUGUGCCUGUCAGGAAGGUUCAUGCUCUGAAUAUCACCUGGGCCCUUCCGCCUCAGGAGCAACACUACAGAGUCAAGCCUCUUCACUACAUCUCGUGGCUGAUUGGCCAUGAAGGCACAGGAAGCAUCCUUUCCGUGCUGAGGAAGAAGUGUUGGGCGUUGGCCUUAUUUGGAGGGAACAGUGAGACUGGCUUUGACCAGAACACCACCUACUCCAUCUUCUCUAUCUCCAUCACGCUCACAGACGAGGGAUUCCAAAACUUCUACCAGGUGACUCAUCUGGUGUUCCAGUAUCUGAAGAUGUUGCAGAUGCUCGGACCACAGCAAAGGCACUGCCACAAACACACACUGAGCAUAAAGCACUCUUAUCAGAAAAUAUACGAAGAGAUUCAGAGGAUUGAGGCGAAUGAAUUUCACUAUCAGGAGCAGAUUGACCCCAUAGAGUAUGUAGAGGACAUUUGUGAAAACAUGCAGCUGUUCCCUAAAGAGGACUUCCUGACAGGAGAUCAGCUUAUGUUUGAGUACAAUCCAGAGGUGAUCAGCGCUGCUCUGUCCCUGCUCACCCCGGAGAAAGCUAACCUGAUGCUGCUGUCUCCAGAACACGAGGGCCAGUGUUCUCUCAGGGAGAAGUGGUUUGGCACACAGUACAGCAUUGAAGACAUCCAGCCGGAGUGGAUGGAACAGUGGACAGGAAACCUGGAGCUGAGCAGCGACCUCCACCUUCCAGCAGAAAACAAGUUCAUCGCCACUGAUUUCACCCUGAAGCCGCCUGACUGCCCAGACACAGAGUUUCCUGCGCAGAUAGCCGACAGCGACAAGGGCUGCCUGUGGUACAAGAAGGACAACAAAUUCAAAAUCCCAAAAGCCUUCAUCAGAUUCCACUUAAUAUCUCCUGUAAUCCAGCAGUCAGCUAAGAAUGUGGUUUUGUUUGACCUGCUGGUCAACAUCCUGGGCCACAACCUGGCCGAGCCAGCCUACGAGGCUGAAGUGGCGCAGCUGGAGUAUAAGCUGGUGGCCGGCGAGCACGGCCUGGUCAUCAAGGUGAAAGGGUUCAACCACAAGCUGCCCCUGCUGUUCCACCUGAUUAUUGACCACCUGGCUGAUUUCUCUGCCUCCCCCGACGUCUUCAGCAUGUUCGCAGAGCAGCUCAAAAAAACCUACUUCAAUAUCCUCAUUAAACCAGAGAAACUCAGCAAGGAUGUGCGCUUGCUGAUCUUGGAGCACUCUCGCUGGUCCAUGGUGGAGAAGUACCAGGCUCUGACCGCCGGCUUAACCAGCCAAGAGCUGACGGAGUUCAGCCGAGCCUUCAGGGCUGAGCUGUACGCGGAGGGACUGGUGCAGGGGAACUUCUGCAGUGCUGAAUCGGAGCAGUUCCUGCAGUAUGUCACAGACAAGUUGCAGUUCUCCAAGCUGCCAGCGGAGGUGCCAGUGAUGUUCCAAGUGGUGGAACUUCCUCUAAAGCACCACAUCUGUAAAGUCAAGUCGCUCAACAAGGGGGACGCCAACUCUGAGGUCACCGUUUAUUACCAGUCUGGACCAAAAGCUUUAAGGGAGCACACACUGAUGGAAUUGUUAGUGAUGCACAUGGAGGAGCCCUGCUUUGAUUUCCUCAGAACCAAAGAGACUCUGGGAUACCACGUCUACCCCACCUGCAGGAACACCUCAGGUGUCCUGGGUUUUUCUGUCACUGUGGAAACGCAAGCCACCAAGUUUAGCACCGAGUUGGUGGAGUUAAAGAUUGAGGAUUUCUUGGUUUCAUUCGGGGAGAAGCUCAAUGCUUUGACUGAGGAGGCCUUUAAUACCCAGGUCACUGCUUUAGUGAAGCUGAAGGAGUGUGAGGACACACACCUCGGAGAGGAGGUGGACAGAAACUGGGCCGAGGUGGUCACGCAGCAGUAUGUGUUUGACAGGCUCAACAGAGAGAUUGAGGCCCUGAAGCAGAUGACCCGAGCCGAGCUUGUCUCCUGGUUCCAGGAGCACCGUGGACUAAGCAGCCGCAAACUCAGCGUGCAUGUGGUGGGUUUCGGCGUUGAGGAGAACGGGGAGGAAGCUGGCGGUAAAAAACAAGAAGGAGGCAAAGAGGAGGAUGGAAGCAGCUCUACUUACGGUGAGGUGUCCAAGCUCACCUUCCUUCCUGCCUCACCCAAGAUAGCAGAGGCCAUCACCAUCAUGGACAUUCCGACUUUCACUGAGGGCCUGCCUCUUUUUCCAUACCACAAGAUACUCGAAUAAACUCUUACUCAGACUCUGAAAGCGACAGAUGUGCAAGUUCUGCCUCUUGCUAAGCCGCACUCAGACACUCCACCUCAUCAAAGAAGAAGGCUCUUGAUACGACCUCGACUGCUUUCUAGUCCUGAAUCCUACUGAUUUAUAUCCACCAUGUUCAGAAACUACUGAGCUUCAUGAUAACCUUUUAUCUGAGUGAGAUGAUGCUCUCUAUUGUGCCUUCUCAGAUGCUGAGAAUGCCAAAAUUGACUGACGACUAAAAAACGGACUAUUCUCUUGAUUUGGAUUAGACGUAUUUUUUUGAUGGCCGAACUAAGCUAAUUGCCAUUUUUUAAAGAAACAAAUCACAAUGUGAAAGCUGCAGGAGUGUUUUGGAGCUCCGGAUGUGUGAAUUUGAGUGAGAGUUUGCUAAAUUUCCAGCUCAUGCAUGUGCUGCUGUUAUUAUGCGGUGCGAUGAAAGUGCAAAGAAAUAAAUCCUUGAUGUGUGAGGAAGUUUAUGAAGCAUUUUUAAGACUGAAGCAGG